CAGGGUGGCGGGAGAGUGGAGUAGCCUAUUAGAAAGGUAUGAGGAACACCCUCGAGACCUCGAGUUCUUCAGAGUUCUGGUAGCCUUCCUCAGAAAGUCUGUGGCCCCGUUGUACAGAUGGAGAAACAGGCUUGGUUAGAGGCAGUCUUGCCGAGAGGAAGAAGCUGCUCCCGACUUCAGGCCUCGGCUACUCCUUGGCCAGCGCUCUGGUAGUAAGAGCUGCCUCCGGAGUCCGAAGGUUUUGUGUCUUGCCUGGAACAGUUACUAGCUGAGUGACUUUGGGCAGGUUGCUUCCCGUCUCGGAGUCUUGUUUUCCUUCCUGCUUGUCUCUGAAGAGCGGCACCGAACAGUUGUUUAAUAAAGGCUAGUUUGAAGCAGGUCCUUGUAAGAGGAAAAGGAGACCACUGAUUUGAAAUCCUCAGCUAAAUGUGUUUGUGAUAAUUUUAAUGUAAAGUUAACAAAAAUUGUCAUCUAAAAGGCAGCCGCGUCUGAAGACCAGCCAUGCUGAAGACCCAGAGCCUGUGACCGCUCCAUCUCCUUCUAGCUUGAGGCCAGUCACCAUCCUCAGCAGUGACAUCACAAGAAAGACCUGGGCACCUCGGGGAAGUACUCAAGGGAUCCUUUCCCUGAGACGUGGAGCAUUGGGGCAGAAUGCUGAGGGCCCUCCUCUUUGGCCCGGGGUGGAGGAGAGGCAUUUGGGGCUGCUCCUUCAGCUCAUGGCAACCCCAUCAGCCUCCGGCUGGGUUGUUGAGUGCCACCGAAGUGGUCAGCCACUGGGCAGCAGUCUUUGAGGAAAAGGGCAUCCCUGAGGCCCGGGAAUCCAGUGAGUACAUCGUGGCUCAUGUCCUUGGAGCCAAAACAUUUCAGAGCCUGAGGCCAGGACUUUGGACCCAGCCCCUGACCCCUUGGCAGCUACAGUGUAUCCAGGAGCUGAGUAGCUACCGUUUGCAAAGGAUGCCUGUGCAGUACAUCCUUGGUGAAUGGGACUUUCAGGGUCUCAAUCUGAAGAUGGCGCCCCCAGUUUUCAUCCCUAGGCCAGAAACGGAGGAGCUGGUUGAAUGGGUGCUGGAGGAGGUGACCCAAGGACCCCACGUGGUGGGAGCUGAAGGCGGCCCCCUCAUCUUGGAGGUGGGCUGUGGAUCAGGAGCCAUCUCCCUCAGCCUGCUGAGCAGGCUUCCCCAGAGCCGAGUCACUGCUGUGGAUAAGGGAGAAGCCGCCGUCUGCCUAACCCGUGAGAAUGCUCAGAGGCUUCGGUUGCAGGACAGGAUUCAGAUCGUCCCCUUCGAUGUGACCUUAGUGGAGAGCUGGGCACACCUUCUACCCUGGGGUCCUGUGGACCUGGUCGUCAGCAACCCUCCCUACGUCUUCCACCGGGACAUGGAGAAGCUGGCUCCUGAGAUCCUCAGAUAUGAAGACCCAGUAGCCCUUGAUGGUGGUGAGGAGGGCAUGGACAUCAUUACCCACAUCCUGGCCCUGGCUCCUCGGCUCCUGAAGGACUCUGGAAACGUCUUCUUGGAAGUGGACCCACAACACCCAGAGCUCGUUGGCAGCUGGCUUCAGAGCCAGCCUGACCUGUCCCUUCAUCUCGUGGCUGUGCGCAGGGACUUCUGUGGGAGGCCACGGUUCCUACAUAUCAAGAGGUCUGGGCCACAGCGUGGUUCCCCUGUGGAUGCCUGGCCAGGGCGCCAACCUGCCAGAGUGCCUGGCUGACAUUUCUACCAGGAAUGCUACUUGGAGGGAGGUAGAUGGUGCUGUCCAGAACCCCAGGUGCUUGUGGCAUUUCCCAUGGCUCUGUGAUUCUCCAUGCUCCGUGAUUUAGGGAAUAGGAGCAAGGGUGGGGUGUCCUUCCUGGGGCAGCAAAAGGCAAGGGCGCCCACAGUGCAGCUCAAGAGCUGAGCGGACCUAGGUUCCCAGUCUGGCCCCAUCGUGUCAUUGUGGCCAAGGCAGGUUGCUGUGUCUUUAGGGGAAUUGCUCUGGGGAUGUUGGAAGAUACAGCUAAUAAAGUGGCAAGAGACCAGCAA